AAUUUUCAGGAUACGUAGGGGUUGCUCUGUCUCAGUGGUAGCGUAGUUCUGGGCCGCGGUCUUAAAGGCCCUGUUACUUAUAGUGUGCAACCAUGUCAAGUGGCCGACACCAGUCCAUUCCUUUUCGGCUUCUCCUCACUCCCCUCAGCCAUGACCAAUUGGGAGUCGCCGGCCGAGGUUCAAAAGGACACCAAGGUCUGGGCUUGCUUCGUUGUCGCACUCUGCGGAGUCGCCACAUGGGAUGUUCUUGUCACAUUCUGGUUCGACUGGCAAAUUUUAUCGGGAAAGCGAAACUGGAAAUGGCCCAUGGCCCUCUAUUUCACCGCACGCCUAUGUUUGCUAUUUCAUUUGUGGUUUCUUUCCAUCAAUCUCAACGCUGUCAGUGAGAUCCCAUGCCAGGCUUUCUUAUACAUUCUUAAGGUAGCCGACAUGAUUGGGACCACUUCUUCAAGUUCAAUCUUGGCGCUUCGUACAUAUGCGAUUUGGCAUCAAGACAAACGUGUAGGGAUACCCCUCGCUUUGGGGACGCUUGGUCAGCUUGUAGCUUGGUGCCAAACCCUUCGCUUCUCCAUCUCAAGGUGGGAUCCUGUUCGGAAAUUUUGUGCUCGCCUACAGACCGCUCCUCCUGCUGUCAUGAUCACUACCUUCUCAUACACAAUUGGUCUGGACCUUUGUAUUGUGAUCCUCGCUGCUUGGAAACUGGCACCUAGAGCUCAUGGAGGGGGUAUCGGCGUUGUUCUAUUACGGGACGGAAUUAUCUACUUCAUUGCGGUUUUCUUGGGGAAUACACUGGAGACUGUCAUGGUAGCUUUGGACCUUAGCCCCGUCAUGAACCUUAUGGCCGUUCCCUUUGCGCUGACAGUUUCUGUGAUUGCCAGCACAACCGUUUUUCGCCAUGUAUUCAUGCACUGCGAAUCUUCCUCCCACUUUGGCCCAAGCAAUGGCGAGGGCAGAAAGGCAUCCUCAUUGCAGGUUAAAACCCCCGGUGGCAGCGGUCCUUACGGGCUCAAACGCUCUCAGCGAUCUACGACAGACACAUUCGCGCUCACCGAUUUCAAAACUGCCCCCAACGGGAUGGUCGAAAUGCCUGUCAUAGUCACUCAAACUAUCGACAUCGAGAGGGAUCCGCACAAACCCACCGAUACCUUGGAUUAUGACCGGCGUGCAACCCGAGCGCAAGCCGUAGUAACACUGGGGGAUAACGAUAUGGACGAUGAUUCCUUGGCCAGUAGAAAUAUUCUGUGAUCUUACAUGCGAUGACACUGGGGAUUUGGGAGGACUGCGUGCGCUGCUCAACUGCGUAUCAGAGUCUGCAGACACCCAGGACCUUGUUACUACUAAGCAUUUGCUGGUAACUGGUUUCCAGCUGUCGGCUUCAAGAAGUACUUGAUUAGCCCAGAUUGAUUUGCACAAUCAUCUAUUGUCUACUUAUUAUCUGCUUCUC